UACAUAUAUUCCAAUCACCUUGAAGCUCGGGGCUGUCUACCUUCUCUCCUCCCCAGGAAUAACCAACUCUUAAAGAUAUACCAUUAUUCUUUCAAAGCCAUUUGUCUCUCUGCAUCUUGCCUGUCUUUCUUUCAAUAACCGAAACAUGUAGCCAAGUUUCUUCGAUUCUGAAGUUUCUCAUUUCUGGGUAAUUUACAGCUAGGAAUUGAUUGAAGGACCCUUUUCUUUUGGUUCUUUUCAGUUGAGGCUAGAAAUCCAGAAAUCAUAGUGCUUCAUGGCUUUGGAAGGGAGUGAAACCGAAGAAAGCCCAGAAAUGGAAACAAAUGAUGACAUAACCAAGAAGACAGAGCCCCCCAUCCUUGAAGACCCUUCACCAAGAUGUGUAUUGGAGAUUCCUAUUUCAGGUACGGACUCUGAUCACAGCAGCAGCAGCAGCAGCAGCAGUUGCAGCUCAGGUUCAACGGAGAAAUUAGUCCCUGAAAGAACGGGGAUCUUACGAGAGAGCAAUGGUAUUCAAUGGAAACAAAUACUUGAUUCAUUUAAGAAGAAAUCAGUGAGGAGGUUUUCAGUGAUUCCAUUGAUUUCAACGUACGAAACUAUUGCCAGGAAGAAUUUGAGAAGGAAAUUGGCAAGAAUCCAACAUUCUGCUGAUGUCUUUAUUGAUUGUGAGGGCAUUAUGGCGCCUAAACCUUCAUGGAGGAAUUUUGAUUAUCUAGAGCUUGAGGCUGCUACUGAUAAUUUCAGCUCUGAGAAUUUGAUCGGGGAAGGAGGUCAUGCAAAAGUGUACAAGGGAUGCUUAUCUGACGGCCAGGUUGUCGCUGUAAAGAAGCUCAUGAAAACUGAGAAGCAGGAAGAGGACAGAGUUGGUGAUUUCUUAUCAGAGCUUGGGAUUAUUGCGCAUAUAAAUCACCCAAAUGCAGCUAGAUUGCUUGGUUUCAGCAUUGAUAGUGGUCUGCAUCUUGUCCUUGAAUUUUUACCACAUGGCAGCCUCGCGUCAGUGCUCCACGGUGGAUCAGAUUGUCUAGAAUGGAAGAAAAGGUUUAAGGUGGCUUUAGGAAUAGCAGAAGGACUUCAGUAUCUCCAUCAUGAUUGCCCAAGGCGCAUUAUCCAUAGAGACAUCAAGGCCUCGAACAUAUUGCUCAACGCAAAUUUUGAAGCUCAGAUUUCUGAUUUUGGAUUGGCAAAGUGGCUUCCAGAAAACUGGAUUCACCAUAUUGUCUUCCCUAUCGAAGGCACAUUCGGAUACUUGGCUCCUGAAUACUUUAUGCAUGGGAUUGUUGAUGAGAAGACCGAUGUAUUUGCUUAUGGGGUUCUGUUACUUGAGAUCAUAACAGGUCGCCGUGCUGUUGAUUCAAGUAGACAGAGCCUUGUGAUGUGGGCAAAACCAUUGUUGGAGGCAAAUAAUGCUAAAGAACUAGCUGAUCCCAGGCUGGGAGAUGAUUAUGAUCCCAUUGAAAUGAAGCAUGCCAUGUUUACGGCUUUGAUGUGCAUUCACCACUUACCCAAUACACGUCCACACAUGAUCAGAGUGGUGCAGCUCUUGAGGGGCGAGGGAGCACCUGUGGAGUUCAAGCAGAAGACGAAUGCAGGGAGGGCAGUCCUUCUGGAUGGCUGUGACUUGCAAGAUUAUACUUGUACUACUUACCUCAAGGAUCUCAAUCGUCAUAUGCAACUUGUGAUGGAGUGAUGCUGGUCUAGUAACUUUUAAGCCAUUUUUACUUGUGCUGCCGCCGAUUUUCGGCUGUUCUAUGCGAAGGCAAAUGUCUAAAUGCCCUUCUAUGUGUGAGUGAAAAAAUCAAUAUUUUCACUUCGUACUGUCUCUCUGUACAGGGUUCUAAUUAAAUCCCAAAUGGAUGCUUCGUGUUUGGCAUAA